CAUACAUACUAGUAGUAUAACCAAAGCAACUUGAAAGUGAGCACUACCUAUUAUUCAGUAGGCAUAACCCUAUUGAUAGAAGCCGGCAUAUGCUUCUACACUGCCUGCAUUUUUUCAAGUUACACCAUGUACAUACUUACAACUGAGUCAUUCGCCGGCUUCAAUGUUGUUCGAGGCUUCGAGCCAAUCCAAGGUCUAGCUGCAUUACAAGUGUCUGAAGGCUUUCAUUAUAAAAGUCUAGCACCAUACACCCUCGAGCAAUACAGCUGAGAAUGAUAUUGAGCAACGCCGUGCUAGAUAGUUGCUAGUUCAGCUCUACGCCACAAUAUUUCUUAUCACGCCCGGACUGCAGACCCCAGUGGAGUAUACGAUUCGCUUCAUUUCCCCAACUCUUUAAUAUGGCACCACUCAGCCGAGAGGAAAUCACUUCGCAAGUCUUCCAAAGUCUUGCGGGGACACCCUUUGAAGCCUCAUCUCUAGAUGUGCUUUCAGGGGGCACGGCUAAUUUCAUAUACUGUGCAACCCUGUCACAGCCACUGGAGGACGGGACGAAAGAGGUUCUCAUCAAACACUCUGAAGACUAUGUUGCGAACAAUCCCAACUUCAAGUUGACCCUGUCUCGUUGUCGUAUUGAAGAGAAAUGUCUCGAGGCUCUAUCAGCUUUUCCCAUUAUCGGGAAAGCAAACGAGAAUGAUCCUUACAAUUUUAGUGUAAGGACGCCCAAAGUAUUCCACUUUGACGAGAAGAACAAUAGCCAAGUUCAGGAGUAUCUACAGAACGGGAUCGAUUUGAAGACCUAUGCAUUGAAAACUUACCUUGGAUCUGAUUCGGAGACGACAAAAUAUCAAUGUCUCCAGCUUGGAAAGGCCCUGGGGAGUUGGCUUCGAAGGUUUCACGAUUGGGCUGCGCAGCAGUCUGAACUACGAAAUGUGGUCGCAGGGAACGAAGAAAUGCAGCAGCUCAAGCAUAUGAUCAACUUUUCGUGGCUACUAGACCGAGUUAAACAGUUUCCCUCCAUCCUCAGCGAUGCCGAGAGCAUCUUUGAAGAGGUCAAGAAAAUGGCAGCUUCGGAAUUAAUUGAUGAAACUCAGCUACAAGUCAUUCAUGGAGAUUUCUGGUCAGGAAACAUUCUUCUACCCAAAUACCCAAUCCAGGAGGGCAGUGAUACACCCGUGUUCGUUAUUGACUGGGAAUUGUCACAACUAGGAAAGAAGGAAUUAGAUCUUGGCCAGAUGAUCGCUGAGCUGUACGAACUGAAGCUAUACAAGGGUAUGCAGGGCGGUUUAUGGAUGGUCCAGGGAUUAAUAUAUGGUUAUGGCACGGUGAACGAAGACUUUAUUUUCCGCACGGCAAUUCAAUUCGGGACCCAUUUAGUCUGCUUUGGGACAUCGGUCUCAGGUUGGGGCACGCCGGAGCAGGUAGAAAAUUGUGCGCGCAUCGGAAAGGAGAUCAUAGUACAUGCGUGGAAGAAGGAUCGUCGUUGGUUUGAAGAGGGCGAACUUGCUUGCUUGUUUAGUACGAAGUAGAGCUGGGUAAGCCUAAUUUAUUGAUGGCCAUGGUGAAUAGAACAUACCGACUUCGAUUGAAAUGGACCCCAAGGUUCAAUAACAAUGAAACCCAUUUUCUAAA